GCCCGUGAGUUUAUUAUUAUAAAUCUAAAUAUCAUAGCUUUAGAAUUUAGAAUUGAAUAGUAAAAGAAAAAAUAAAAAAAAAAUAGUAGUAGUUCAAGCAAGUUACAAGGGCAUUAUUGUCAGACCAAAAUUAUCCCGGUCCUAUAAAUAGGUUCAACAAUAUAGCCUCUUCCCGGCGCAAUUUCAAAUCUAUUCCGGCCAAAUUUCUCUCUCUCUCUAUUUUGUCUCUUCUUCCCCUUUUCCCCUUUAAACAUCUCUUCUCUCUCUCUCUCUCUCUCUCUCUCUCAUCCUAUUUCUAUUUCGAGAAUUCUGAAUGCAGAAAAUAAUCGCACUUCAUUUAAUAGGGGUUUGCAAAGCGGUGCAGUGGUGAUGGCCAAACAUUCCCCCACAUCUUUCUUCCACCGUUCUACCACCGCUAUAUUCAGGGAAUCAGGGAUCGAAUUGAGAUAAGCGGUUUCGUUUUUCUUUUUCUCUUUGGGGUUGGUUUUGCUUUCAACAUGGCUUCGAAUGGAACAGCGAAAUGCCCGCCACCGAUGAAGGCCGCCUCAAACGGGGUCUUCCAAGGGGAUAAUCCUCUCCAUUUUGCACUUCCACUACUAAUUGUACAGAUAUGCCUUGUGGUGGUUCUGACUCGAGUACUAGCAUAUAUUCUCAGGCCGCUAAGACAGCCACGUGUCAUCGCCGAGAUCAUCGGAGGAGUUCUACUUGGUCCAUCAGCAUUAGGCAGAAACCAUAAAUAUCUUCAAGCUAUUUUCCCCGCCCGAAGCCUUACUGUACUAGAUACCUUAGCAAAUCUCGGGCUCCUCUUCUUCUUGUUCUUAGUCGGCCUCGAACUCGACCCAAAAUCCCUCCGCCAAACCGGUAAAAAAGCACUAAGCAUCGCCCUCGCCGGAAUCAGCCUCCCAUUCGCACUAGGUGUCGGCACCUCAAUCGUACUCAGAGCAACUAUCUCCAAAGGUGUAAACGAAGGCCCGUUUCUAGUAUUCAUGGGAGUCGCCCUCUCUAUAACCGCCUUCCCGGUUUUAGCUCGUAUUUUAGCCGAACUCAAACUCUUAACCACAGAUGUAGGGCGAAUGGCCAUGUCAGCAGCUGCUGUCAAUGACGUGGCAGCAUGGAUUCUACUCGCGCUAGCUAUUGCCUUAUCUGGCGUUGGCCGUUCUCCCCUAGUUUCUUUAUGGGUUUUUUUAUGUGGCUUCGGUUUUAUAACUUCUUGCAUAUUCAUUGCUCCUCCUAUAUUCAAAUGGAUUGCUCGAAGAUGCCCUCAAGGUGAGCCGGUGGACGAGAUAUACAUAUGCGCCACACUGGCGGCAGUCCUGGCGGCUGGUUUUGUCACCGAUACAAUCGGGAUACACGCGCUUUUCGGUGCGUUCGUGAUGGGGGUUCUUGUUCCGAAGGAGGGUGCGUUUGCCGGAGCACUUGUGGAGAAAGUGGAGGAUCUUGUUUCGGGUCUUUUUCUUCCUCUAUACUUCGUCUCGAGUGGGUUGAAAACAGAUGUGGCCACCAUUCAAGGAGCUGAAUCGUGGGGCCUACUUGCUUUGGUCAUAUUCACAGCUUGUUUCGGAAAGAUUGUCGGCACUGUUUUAGUCUCUCUGUUGUGUAAGGUUCCGUUUAAAGAGGCACUAACCCUAGGUUUCUUGAUGAACACUAAAGGCUUGGUCGAACUCAUCGUACUCAAUAUUGGACGAGAUCGAGGGGUUUUGAAUGAUCAAACAUUCGCCAUCAUGGUUUUGAUGGCUUUAUUCACGACAUUUCUAACGACACCGAUUGUCAUGGCAAUAUACAAGCCAGCUCAAAUGGCGAAAUUCGAAUACAAAUACAGAACCAUACAAAGAAAAGAAGCCAACACUCAAAUACGAAUGCUGGCAUGUUUCCAUAGCACAAGAAACAUCCCCACGUUAAUGAAUCUAAUCGAAGCCUCACGUGGGACCGGUAAAAAGGGAGGGCUUCGUGUAUACGCAAUGCACUUGAUGGAGCUCUCCGAAAGAUCCUCCGCUAUACUAAUGGUCCAUAAGGCCAGAAAAAACGGGCUCCCGUUUUGGAACAAAUCGAACACCUCCGAUUCGAAUCAAAUAGUAGUUGCCUUCGAAGCCUUCCACCACCUCAGCCAGGUGUCGAUCCGACCGACAACCGCCAUCUCGCCUAUGUCAUCAAUGCACGAGGAUAUAUGCACGAGUGCAGACUCGAAAAGGGCUGCCAUAAUAAUCCUUCCUUUCCACAAGCACCAAAGGUUCGACGGGCAUUUGGAGACUACACGGGCCGAUUUCCGACACGUCAACCGGAAGGUUCUAGAACAUUCCCCAUGCUCCGUCGGAAUCUUGGUCGAUCGAGGGUUGGGUGGAAAUUCACACGUAUCGGCGAGUAACGUUAAUUACACUGUAACGGCGUUUUUCUUCGGAGGGCAUGAUGACCGUGAGGCCUUUUCAUACGGCGCACUCAUGGCGGAGCAUAACGGUAUUCGUUUGAAUGCCGUUCGACUUAUUUUGGACCGAAAGGUUGUUGGAGAUAGUGUUCGUGUCGAUAUUAACGACGAGAAUGUGCCGGAAGGUCUGGCAGACGAGGAUUUUAGUUUUCUUGAGGAGUUUAAGGAGAAGGUGUCGGAGGACGGUUCGAUCGAGUACGAGGAGGUUGUAGUGAGUGACGUGGCGGAGGCUGUCGGUGUGGUUCAGGGGUUUAACAAUCGGUGCAAUUUGUUUUUGGUGGGGAGGAUGCCGGAGGGGCAAUUGGUGGCGGCGAUUGGCCGGAAGAGCGAGUGCCCGGAAUUGGGGCCCGUCGGAAACUUGUUGAUCUCGCCGGAGAUGAAGAUAACGGCGUCGGUGUUGGUGGUGCAGCAGUACCGGAGCAGCCUGACCGGAGAUUCUCUGGCUUCGUUGAAGGAUGGCGACACGACGGAUGAGGAUGGCGAUUAGCGGUUUCUUGUUUGUCACUGAAUUGAAACUGUAAUUAGGUUAGAUGUUUAAGGGAAUGAUGGUGUAGAUACAAAUGUAGAUUUCUGAUAAUAAUGUUUCAUGCCCUUAGUUCUUCUGUCAAGUAACAGUGUUGCAAUAUAUGCUUACUAGUGUAAUUAAAUUACAUCUACAAGAGAUGAAAAGAAGCAAUGUUUUUUAUU